AUGUCCGCGGACCUUUUUGCCGAGUUCGUCGACUUCUCCCAAUCGCAACCACAGCAAAGCCAUUCCAAACCGUCGACACAACCUCCACCGCCGAAAGCAGACCCCUUCUCGCUCGAUGCCAACCCAUCAUAUACGAGCAGUAUUCCGUGGCAGCAGAACCAGCAAUGGGGAAGUUCUUUGGCGCAACCGAGUCCAGCUGGACAGUGGCCAGGUAGCCAACCAGGUGCGCAGGGCUGGGCAGGGUCUUCGACCGUGGCUGCACCUCAGCCCGUCGCGCGCGAGGAGAAUGAUGACGAUGAUGGAUGGGGCGACUUUGAGGUUGCUCCCGUCGCUACUCAGUCGCCUGCGUCUCUGCCACCUACGACCGCAGCUUCGAAUCGGAUACCUUCAAAGCCUUCGACACUCGCUCAGCAACCCACUCUACAACGGACAAGGAUCGUGCGGGCUCCUACUUUAGACUUAAUGACAAAUAACCUUGUUGAUAUUCCGGGCACUUCCACCGUGCCAGAUGAAGUGAGACGACCCUCCUGGGCGCAAGCUUCACUCCAAGAUUUCCAAAAGCCUUCUCCCUCGGCUAGCUCGCAAAAGUCACGUAACAAACCUAUCAAGGCAGAUCCCAAUGUCUUGUUUGAUGCAGGUGACUUCGAAGGUGAGCAGGACGGCGGGACCGGCGAUGGAGAUGAUGACUUUGGAGAUUUUGAAAGCGUGGCAUCCCCAGCCCAGCCGCAACCCGAUCUCAUAUCCAAGUCUUACUCUACAACCUUCGCACCAACCAACGCAAGAGCUUCUCAGCUACUUUCGGGCCUGAGCUCGAACGAGCCGCAUUCGCAAUAUCCUCAGCCCCCACGAUCUCCGUCUUUCCAAGAUAGGAAUCCAUUCCCAGGCCUCGCGAUAGCUACGCCUCCAGAAACGCAGAAGCAGCUCACGGACAAACCCAAGUCUACGCCAGUAACGGCAUGGCCAGGGGCUGAGAUCGCUUCCCCGGGAAGCAAUGGUCUCGAAGACGAUUGGGGAGCCUUUGGUGACUUACCUGAUGAGCCUGGAUCGUCCAACUCAAAAGAGGUAGGCUCUAGUUGGGAUUGGGACUCGGUUGAUGUAGAGCCGGUCAAACCAACGAAAGAAACGAAAUUGCCGAAACCGACGCAACCGACCUCAGCAAGCGCUCAGAAGCCCAUCACUUCUACUUCUACUGCUACGGAAACCGAUUCUACGUGGGACUGGGAUUCGGUUGACGUGAAGGGUGAAGCACCGACAGAUAUCGAGGAAGAUGGUUUGCCACCAGUCAACAUUCCGCCGCCCUCGAUACUAUUAUCAGCCUUUCCGCAACUGUUCGACCAAGCAAACAAUUCCCUGUAUAAGCCAAUCAGUGGGCAAUCGUUCUCCAUAAAGAACCGGAUCCUAUCAGACCCAAAGACGUUUGAGUUCCUUAAAGGCUAUCUGAAUCUGGCCACAGUCGCCGCUCGCAUCAUUGCCGGGCGCAAGCAGAGAUGGCAUCGGGACAAGAUCCUAGCUCAGAGCAUGUCAAUAUCUGCUGCAGGAAGCAAAGGCAUGAAGCUUGCUGGGGUCGACAAGGCACAGACUGUUCGGGAAGAUCGCGAGGCUGCUGAUGUCGUGGGCCACUGGAAGGAGCAAGUCGGCCGCCUUCGGUCCGCCGUCGCUGCCGCGAACUCAUCAACCAAGAACACCUCAGAACAGCUCAAGAUACCUGAGAUCACAGAGGCGAUGCCGAUUCAGACCCAAAAGGGUGGCCCGACCGCUCCGAAGGCGUGUGUCAUCUGUGGUCUCAAGCGCAACGAAAGGAUUCCCAAAGUCGAUUACGAAGUGGAGGAUAGCUUUGGCGAAUGGUGGAUUGACCACUGGGGUCACCUUACAUGCAAACGAUUUUGGCUCCAGCACGAAAGCACUCUGCGGCAGAGAUAA